CCCCGACCGUGGCGGCCCGAGAACCCGGCGGCGGAGCGCACACGAUGCCGCCCCUCCCGGUGUUUCUCCAUCCCAAAGGGCGCCUCCCGCCGCACCCACUUCCUCUUUCCUCUCGCUGGAGCCGACGCACGCAGCAGUCGCUCUCAAAAAAUUAUUUCUGACAGGAAGCCCGGAGGCCCGCGGGGAGGGCCACCAGCCAGCCCCGCAUCUCCAGCGCGCGGCGGGGUCCCAGCCCCUGGCGCGCCCCUUGGCGCCCGAAACCGGCCUCCGCGCGCCGCUCCCCGCUGCCUCCGCGGCUCCCCGGGCUCGCGCGGCGCCGGCUCCGGGGCGCCCGGCCAUGGAGGUGGAGGAGGCGUUCCAGGCGGUGGGGGAGAUGGGCAUCUACCAGAUGUACUUGUGCUUCCUGCUGGCCGUGCUGCUGCAGCUGUACGUGGCCACGGAGGCCAUCCUCAUUGCACUGAUCGGGGCCACACCGUCGUACCACUGGGACCUGGCGGGGCUCCUGCCCAACCAGAGCCACGGCAACCACUCAGCGGGCAAAGACGAGGCCUUCGGGGAAUGGCUUCUGACCGCCAACGGCAGCGAGAUCCACAAGCACGUGCAUUUUAGCAGCAGCUUCACCUCCAUCGCCUCUGAGUGGUUUUUAAUUGCCAACAGAUCUUACAAAGUCAGUGUGGCAAGUUCCUUUUUCUUCAGUGGGGUGUUUGUUGGCGUGAUCUCUUUUGGUCAGCUUUCAGAUCGCUUCGGAAGGAAAAAAGUCUAUCUCACAGGUUUUGCUCUUGACAUCUUAUUUGCUAUCGCAAAUGGAUUUUCCCCUUCAUAUGAGUUCUUUGCAAUAACUCGAUUCUUGGUGGGCAUGAUGAAUGGAGGGAUGUCGCUGGUGGCCUUUGUCUUGCUAAAUGAAUGUGUGGGCACCGCCUACUGGGCACUUGCAGGAUCCAUUGGCGGCCUCUUCUUUGCCGUUGGCAUCGCCCAAUAUGCCCUGUUAGGAUACUUCAUCCGCUCCUGGAGAACCCUAGCCGUCCUGGUGAACCUGCAGGGGACGGUGGUCUUCCUCUUAUCUUUAUUCAUUCCUGAAUCACCUCGUUGGUUAUACUCCCAGGGUCGACUGAGUGAGGCCGAAGAGGCACUCUACCUCAUCGCCAGGAGGAACCGCAAGCUCAAGUGCACGUUCUCACUCACGCAUCCUGCCAACAGGAGCUACAAGGAGACUGGAAGUUUCCUGGAUCUGUUCCGUUACCGAGUCCUCUUAGGACACACCCUCAUCCUGAUGUUCAUCUGGUUCGUGUGCAGCUUAGUGUAUUAUGGCCUCACACUGAGUGCAGGUGAUCUAGGUGGAAGUAUUUAUGCCAACCUGGCCCUGUCUGGCCUCAUAGAGAUUCCAUCCUACCCUCUGUGCAUCUACUUGAUUAACCAAAAAUGGUUUGGUCGGAAACGGACAUUAGCAACAUUUCUGUGCCUAGGAGGACUGGCUUGUCUUAUUGUAAUGUUUCUUCCAGAAAAGAAAGACACAGGUGUGUUUGCAGUGGUGAACAGCCAUUCCUUGUCCCUGCUGGGGAAGCUGACCAUCAGUGCUGCCUUUAACAUUGUUUAUAUCUACACCUCGGAGCUCUACCCUACCAUCAUCAGGAAUGUUGGGCUUGGAACGUGCUCCAUGUUCUCCCGAGUUGGUGGGAUUAUUGCUCCCUUCGUCCCCUCACUGAAAUAUGUGCAGUGGUCUCUCCCCUUCAUUGUAUUUGGAGCCACGGGCCUGGCCUCAGGCCUCUUGAGUUUGUUACUGCCAGAAACUCUUAAUAGCCCGUUGCUGGAGACGUUUUCUGACCUUCAGAUGUACUCCUAUCGUCGGCUGGGGGAGGAAGCACUGUCAUUACAGACCUUGGAUCCUCCGCAGCCUGCAGACAAGGAGAGCCCUUUAGGGAGUGAGAGUGAGGAAGAGGAAGAGUUUUACGAUGCAGAUGAAGAGACUCAUAUGAUAAAGUGAAAAAGAGCCCGGACCCCUGCUCAGAAGCAAAGGUUCCUCUUGUACACCUCUGGCCAAGGCGGGUUCCCCGGUGGGUCCUGGGAGAGCUGUACAAAGACAGGCUUGGCUUGAACAGGCACAGCUGGUGUUCAGCAUGAACUGAUUCUUUUCAGGCACAAAGGAAGUUGGAGAAGAAAUUUCAUAAGAGAAUACCUCACUGCACCGAGGGAAUAGUUCUGGUCUAAAAUUCAAGUUUGGUUCAGAAUCCUCACCUCGGGCCACACAGCUCAAGUAGUCCGCAUUCCAGGGUUACGAGGCUGACUGGUGUCUAGAAGUUGGUUCAUGCUGCUCUUCCUUUGGCAUGAUCUGGAAGCAGAUAUGUGACAUGUCUCACCAUUGGGGUAGGAUUUGAUAAACUGUCUUUAAACUGUAGUCUUCAUAUGAUCUUCCCACAUCUGCUCCUAUGACUUGUUCCUCCUCCCUAGGAAUAUUCUGAUACAAGUUAUUUUAAUUUUGUGUCUAAGAAAAAGCUCUCAGAGGCCAUAUGGUGUCCCAGCCGCGCCCCCUGCUCCCCCCCCCCGCCCGGCACCCAGCUUUACCUAAACUGAUGAAAUUGAGUCUUCAGUUUCAUUCUCUCAGCCCCAUGGUUGACUUGGCUCUUUGUGCCUUAAGUCCCUGAGAUGAUUCGCUAGUGAAAGCCCCACAGCUCCAGAGCAACUGAGGAUAGUCAGGCUGUGGCUGAUUUCCCACUUACAAGCACCUCCAGAAAAGUUUCCUUCUGGGAUUCUAGUACCAGCAAUAACUCCCAAAUGGUGCACAGUCAACAAAGCUUCAGAAAGACAGAGGGCAGUUAAAAGGUGGAUUGUCGAGUAUUUUCUUUAAAAAGAAAGAUGCGGCUUUUAAUAAAGGAGCCAGGAAAAUCAUCUUUCGCAAUUUCUAUUUGUUUUUGCUUUCCGUGUUAUGCAAUGAGGAACUUGGGCAAAGUUUAAUAUUUGAACUCUUGGCCUGGAUAAGCCCUUACCUGUUAAUCAGAAUAGAAAGCACAGUAUAUUUCAUAGGAAACGUUGUUUUUUUUUUUUUUUUCAUAAAGUGAUUCUCAUUUUCAGGUGAAUUAAAAUCAUCCUUGUCCUCUAAAGUCACAUGCUGGAAAUAUCUGUUCCCCAUAUAACUUGAGUACCAUCUCUAAUAAGAGUAUAAGCCAGGAGUCAACAAGCUUGGAGAGCAUUCUUUAUGGUACUUUUGGUGCCUUCCCAACCAGAAAAGUUUGUGUUUUCAGAAAUUCAAAAAUUUCUUUUCUGCUUGUCUCUUGGAGAAAGGGAAAUUGUGUGAGAGGCAGGGGUGUCACUCUGGGUGCUUCUUGAUGAAGAACACUUUCCUCCCAGUUGGCUCCAGAUACACUUCUGUUCUCUUCCACAUGGACCGUCGGCUUCUUGGUUUGUGCUCUACAUCUCUGUACCUUUGGAUGUGUAAAAGUGCUUUUACGUUCUCUAUGUCCUGGAUUAUGUAUCAGGAUCUUCAUAGACAGGCAUCAUCUUUACUCUUUCUCCUUGAUGUGCUUAGAACAUUGGCCUAGACAGAGUAAGGACCUGCUAAAUCCUACUGUUUCUAGCCAUCAGGGAGAUGAUGGGACUCCUCCUCGAAUCACAUUUGCAAAUCCCAGGCAAAUCUGACUCACAACACCAAGUUGUGGAAUCCUGCUUCUCUUUCUCUGGAAAAUGGAGAGCUGCCCACCAUCCAGGGAGGGAAGAAGGAAGAAAGAACUUACAUAGACACUCAGAAGUUCUUAUUAAAUGGUCAAGUAUUUGAAAUAAAACAAUAAAUCAACAUAUAUAUAUAUAUAUGUAUGUAUAUUUAUAUAUGUUUUUAUUGGCUGGAGGUGUCUUUACAUCAUAAGAACAAUGUAUCUCUUUGUAGAAAAUUUGGACACUAGAAGUUAUAACAUGUAUUACCCAUUGGCCUGGAGACAAUGUUAUGGCUUUCUCCUGUGAAGACUGAGAGUCCAUCUCUUUAUUAGCACUGGGCUUCUUGCUGCUUCUAGCUAAACAAAUGGGUUCAAUUAAUUCCGUCUCUGGGUUUCCUACUCUCCAGGUAGGAGGUAGAAGUAAGGAGGGAGGGAUCCACAGUUCGAAUAUAUGUUAUUAAAAAGUCUGGGUUGGCUGUCAACUACUCAUGUCAGAGGUAUUACUAAAUUCUGUUUCUCUCUGGAUAAUCCUUUAGCAAAGUUUAAUAAUUAGUAUUUGUUUUUCUACUUCUACUGACUUUUUAAAAAAUAGAUUUUUCUGCAUUUGGUGAUGUUGAAGAAUAUUGUUCAUAAAGAAUGUACACACGUAUAUAUGUACAUCAGUUAAAUUAUUGAAAAUUUGGUGGUAACAUAUCAUUUACACAGAUGAUUUGUAAAAAAAAAAUCAUGCUUUGUUUUUAAAUUUUAUUCAAAAUUAAAUUUCUUUUAUCCUAAAAAGUACUAAGAAAAAAUGUAAGACAAAUAAGAAAUCUAAAGGUAUUUAGAGCCAAAGAUCUAACUGACUAAUGUUGUAAUUUCCUGAUUUUGUGAGUUAAAACCAUGGCCCAUUGAAAAGCCAGUGCUUAUCUUUUGACUGAUUUCAAACAAUGUAGACAUUCUUUAACAUUUAUAAAUGAGCAAUAAGCAAAAUACAACAAAUAAGAAGAAAACAAAAGUUUCUGGGUCACUACUUACAUUACUAUAACCUGAACAGACAGACAUUUUGUAGUUGCCAUCGAUGGAGAUACUUUUAGUAAAUGAUUUAUAUUAUAAACAAAUGGAUACUGAAAUAAUUGUCACUAUUAUAUCAGAAUAAAAUACAGGUUUUCAGUAGGACUGACUUCUUCGUAUAGUUUUUUUAAUCAUAGAUCCUUACAUUGAAAAGAUAUCUAGAAAGGAUUAGAUAUUUUUUAACUAAGUUAAAUGCAGGUAUUUGAGCUUUUUGUGAAUUUAAUCAAGGAUCAUGAAAUAGAGUCGUUCUUUUGUUCUUACAGGAUGUGUCAAGAUGUGCAAUAGCAUCUUUGACAAAUUCAGAACUUUCUAGAAAUCGUGAGAAAUGUUUGGGACAGGGAUUAUAGCAAAGCUGGAGAGUCAUACUACAAAAGACAACUAUAAAAACAUUUUUAGAAAGAGAAGAAUGCAAAGAUGAUUCAUUGUGGAGAAUCCGUCAACAUAGCACAUCAGAGGAGAAAGACCUAUUAUCAUAUCAAUAGAUAUGUAAAGAUUGCUGACAAAAUUCAUCACUCAUUCAAAAUAAAAACUAUCAACAGACUAGGAAAUAAAAAAAAAACUAUCAACAGACUAGGAAUAUAGGAAGUGCCCCUAGCAAAAUAAGGGACAUAUGGUAGUAGCUAUGGUGAAUUGUCACACAAUAUCUGUUCAUCCUGCUGAUACCUUGCCUUCAAAUUUUCUUGAUCCUGACCCACAAUAAGAAAUGCUUUUUUAUAUAUUCAUUCCCUAUCUCCUUCCCCUUACAAAUUUAUACACAUAUAUAAAAUAUCCUUAAAACAUUUGUGUGUAAAUGAUAUGUGUAGCUUUCGUAAAACAAUACUUAUUCUUGCUAGGCACACUGAUAAUUUAUAAUUUGUUCUGUUUCAUUUUUUAAACUGCCAUUUGUGAUCUACCCAUUAGAUCAAUUUCAACUGCAGUCAAUUAGACUGCAACCUGUAGUUUGAAAUCUACUGUUCUGCUCUAUCUUCUUGUAUUAUAGAUGCUUUAAGGCUAAAAUGUCCAUUUUCUGAACUCCCUUGCAGCUAGGUUCUCAGUGCAAUUUAGUUUCAGUUAGAUACAGACAAAAUUUGAAAUCUGGGCACAACAGGGAGUCUCUUUUGCUGGGAUUCACAGUGAUGAGGCCAUUUGGUUUCUCUGAGGCAGGAUAGUAGAGAUGUUGACAGGAGCAAUGUUAAUUAAAACUUUAACAAGAUUUUUUUUUUUUUUCACAGAACUUGGAAUAACAAUUCUAGUAUUCACAUGGGAAAGCAAAAUAUCCCAAAUAGUUAAGACAACCCCGAAAAAGAAAUGUAGACAGAAGGAAAUAGAUUUCUCAGAUAUCAAACUUAAAAAGCUGUAGUUUUGGUCAGCAAUAGACAAGUAGAUCAAUGGAACAUAGAGCGCUUUCAGAAAAAUCAUGUAACAAUCAUGCAAUUUUUAAAUAUGGCAUGAUGUAUCCGUGAGAAAAGAGCAAACUAUCUAACUAUUGAUUGAUAGGGGAACAACUGGGUUUCUACAUCAAAGAAAAUAAAAUUAGAUCCUCCUUAUCAUAAUAACAACAAACAUUCUGAGUAGAUUGAAGAUCUAAAUGAAAAAAAAACUUUAAAAUUAUGAGAAAAUGAUGUAAGGCAAUAAUCUUAUGACUCAAGGGGAUAGGUGAAUUUCUCAGAUAAGAAGUGAAGAAUCAGACUGGGGUUGUAGUUCAGUGGUAGAGUGGGUGCUUGCCUCUCAUUCAUGAGGCACUGGGUUUGAUCCUCAGCACCAUGUAAAAAUAAAUAAAUAAAGAUUGUGUCCAUCUACAACUAAAAGAGAUAUUUUAAAAAAGAAGCGAAGAAUCACAAAGCCUUGAAAAAUGAUAUAUUUGCCUCUCUCUAAAUUUAAAACUCUUUUUUUUUCUACAUCAACAAAAAUACCACAAAGUUCAAGAAAAGCACUAGAUUAGGAAAAAAAUAUUUGCAACCUCUAUAACAGACAAGGAUUAUUAUACUGUAUAUAUAAGAAUUACUGCAAAUCAGAAAGAAAAGUGAUAGGAAAGUUUACAAGGGAAUAUGAUUAGACAGUUCAAGAUGAAAAGAUGUUCAACCUCACUGGAAGAUCAGGGAAAUGCAAAUUGAGACAACAUUAAGACAUCAUUUAAAAUCCAUUAGGCUGGGUAAAAAAUGAGACUAUCAAAUGCUGAAACCAUGAGGUAAAAAGAAUUAACUGACAUCCUGAGAGAACCAUAAAUUGAUUCAUCAACUUGAUUGUCAUUAGGAAGUCAAGUUGAAAAUGUGCAUAUUCUAUGGUUCAGAAUUUCUGCGCCUAUGUAUAUAUAACGGAACAGUGCUUUUAGAACUUUUUACUGUAACCCAUUGUAAGAAAAAUGUUUUGCACAGGGACGCCCAUUCCACCCACCUACGUACAGAUUCAUAUGUAUCUCUCUCUACAUGUGACUGAUUAGUUUUGUAAAACAAUAAACAACCUGUAGUAUCUGUACUGUUA